AUGAUCUCAAGCAGUAUGGAGAAACAACCGGGACAUGACAUUAGCAAGGCCGAGCCCGAGUGCAGCCCUGAAGGAGGAUGCCCUCAGGUUGACAAAAAACGAGAGCACGCGCUCUUGAGGAAGAUUGAUUUGCAUCUGAUGGUUCCCCUUUGGAUUGUUUUCGUCUUUGGUUUCUUGGAUCGCAUCAACUUGGGCAAUGUCAUUGUCUUGGGCAUUCGUCGGGAGCUCAGGAUGACAGACAACGACGUGGCUAUUGCGAUGCAGGUUUUCUUUGCCCCGUAUAUUGUGGCGGAUAUACCGAGCAAUAUUAUUCUUAAGAAAUUUGCACCAUCAACAUGGAUUAGCAUCCUGACCUUCUUUUGGGGCAUCGCAUGCAUGUGUCAAGGCCUUGUAAAAAAUACUUCUGGGUUGAUCGCAUGUCGUUUCUUCAUGGGUCUCUUCGAGGCAGGAUUCGUGCCGGGUUGUGCAUAUCUUAUGUCCAUGUACUACAAACGGCACGACUUCCAAAAGCGCUUCUCCCUUUUAUGGGUUGCCGGUUUGGUGGCCGGAGCCUUUGGAGGUCUCUUAGCGUAUGCCCUUUAUCAUAUGCAUGGAUUGGGUGGCUAUUCUGGUUGGCGCUGGAUUUUCAUCAUUGAAGGCCUUCUAUCUAUCGCCUCGGCCAUCCCCGCUAAGCUCAUCAUUGCGGAUUGGCCUGAGCAAGCAAAAUUCCUGAACGAGGAGGAGAAGGAUCUCUUGAAGGAACGCAACUCCCGGGAUACCGGUGAAGGGGCCAGAAUGGAUCGACUAGAUGGCGCGGCAUGGAAACGAAUACUGUUAGAUUGGAAGAUCUAUGUGGGUAGCCUGAUUUAUCUCGGUAUCACAGUUUCAGGGUAUGCAACAGCAUUGUUCAUUCCUUCUAUUGUGAAUUCACUAGGGUACUCAGCUAUCGGGACCCAAAUAAUGACCAUCCCAGUUUGGGCUGUAGCUGCAGUGGUCACGGUGAUUGUGUCAUACCUGACGGAUCGUCUACAACAUCGCUAUGGCUUUGUGGUAUUUGGGGUUGUCCUUUCUUCCAUUGGGUAUGUUAUUCUGCUGUGCCAAGGACCAAUGUCGGCAGGUUUAGGCCUGGACAUAAACGUUCGUUAUAUGGCAGUGUUUUUCGUGACCGCAGGCUGCUACAUCGUCCAGCCGGUGGCAAUUGUGUGGUUCGCAAAUAACUUAAGCGGACAUUAUAAACGCGCUAUUGGACUUGCUAUUCAAGUCGGAUUCGGAAAUAUUGGCGGCAUUGUCGCGAGCAAUAUCUUCAAAAGAGAUAGCGCCAGUGAGUUCCCCCGGUACACGGUUGGUUAUAGUGUCUCGCUAGCAAUGAUGGUAUUCUGCGGAAUUAUGAGCACAAUCUUCGCUGUUGGACUGGUCAUCGAAAACAAGAAAAGGGAUCAGGGGAAACGUGAUUACAUGCUCCAACUUGGCGAAAGCGUCUUAAAAAAUCUCGGGGAUGACGACCCUAGGUUUCGCUUCAGUCUUUGA